GCUGUGAAUUGUUUUUGUGUUUUGAUUUCGUUUCAGUCUAUUUUGUGCGGUAAAGUUGAAAGAAACUGAAAUAAGUAUUGUUCUUUUAUUUUUCAAAGUGAUUUUCAAGUGAAAGUGUAUUUAGUUCUGUUUUGCAAUUAAGUCUUCAAGUUUCAUAACCUCUGCGUACAUCGCAUUUCUUGUGAAAAAUACAGUGAAUGGAAUUUCUAUACCUUAUUCUUCAAGUUCAUCUCUAGUGGGAACAAUCCAAUUACAUAUUACAAAAUGAGUGACUCAAGUCAAGCAAAAAAAGCUCGGACGUCAAGUUUUAUUGAAGCAAUAGAAGAAGAUAGAAAAAAUGCAGGAGAAUCAGUCUUGGAUUUCAAGUUUAACAAGAAAAGGAUCAGAAUUCUAACAGAACUUGACGAAGUUGCUAAAAACUGUCGUGGAGUUGUUUAUUGGAUGUUUCGAGAUUCUAGAGUGCAAGAUAAUUGGGCCCUUCUCUACACUCAAAAAAUAGCUUUGAAAAACAAAGUGCCUCUUCACGUUUGCUUUUGCAUUUUACCAAAGUUCCUUGAUGCAACAAUUCGUCAUUACAAAUUUCUCUUGAAGGGUUUAGAAGAAGUUGAAAGAGAGUUAAAAUCUCUAAACAUUAAUUUCACUCUUUUACAUGGCGAACCAAAUUCUGCACUUUUGGAAUUCGUGAAAAAUUACAAAAUGGGAGCGGUCGUUACCGACUUUUUUCCUUUGAAAUUGCCGAUGUUUUGGGUGAAUGAUUUGAAAAAAAAUCUUCCAAAAAAUGUACCUCUUUGCCAGGUGGAUGCUCAUAAUAUUGUGCCUUGUUGGGUUACUUCAGACAAACAAGAAUAUUCAGCACGUACAAUUCGCAACAAAAUAAAUUCGAAAUUAGACGAGUUUUUAACGCCAUAUCCACCAGUAAUAAAUCAUCCUCACACAAGUGAACAAAAUCUUGAAAAAACUGAUUGGAAAACGACAUUAAAAGUCCUAAAGGUUGAUAGAACCGUGGACGAAGUCACUUGGGCCAAACCAGGCUACAAAGGUGGAAUUUUGGAACUUGAAUCUUUUUUAAAAGAUCGUUUGGAUCUUUACAAUACCAAGCGAAACGAUCCAACUGUUGAUGCUUUGAGCAAUUUGUCACCCUGGUUUCAUUUUGGAAUGAUAUCGGUUCAAAGAUGCAUUUUGGAAGCUAAAAAAUUCAAAAAGAAACAUAAAGAAUCAAUUGAGGCUUUUAUGGAAGAAGCUAUUAUCCGAAGUGAGCUUGCAGAUAAUUUCUGCUUUUACAACGAACACUAUGAUUCCAUUAAAGGAGCAUAUCAAUGGGCGAUUGACACCCUCGAUGCUCAUCGAAAAGAUAAGCGAGAAUAUAUCUACAGUCUGGACCAAUUUGAAAAAUCUUUAACACACGAUGACUUGUGGAACGCAGCUCAAAAUCAGCUAGUGGAAUAUGGAAAAAUGCAUGGAUUUCUCAGAAUGUAUUGGGCCAAAAAAAUUCUUGAGUGGACCGAAUCUCCUGAGGAUGCAUUAAAAUGGGCCAUUUAUUUAAAUGAUAGAUACAGCAUGGAUGGCUGUGAUCCAAAUGGAUACGUUGGCUGUAUGUGGUCAAUUUGUGGAAUUCAUGAUCAAGGCUGGAAGGAAAGAGACAUAUUUGGAAAAAUACGCUACAUGAACUACAAAGGCUGUCAAAGAAAGUUCGCUGUCUCAGAAUUUGUAAAGAAGUGGGGAGGUAAAGUGCACACUCAUGGCAAAACGGAAAAGAAAUGAAUGUGAAAUUCAGUCUUUUCAACAUUUUUGAUCCAGUAUUAUUUUUAUAAUAUUUACUUAAGGAUGAAAUGCGAUUUUUAUAGUAGAUAAUUAAAAAAAAUAUGGAAUAGAGAAUCUCCAGGGUGUCUACUUACCUGGGAAUCCUAGAAUCUCUAGAAUUUUUUUCUAGAGGAUGUCUUCAUUGUUGUCCAAUUUUAAUAUAAAAUUAAAUAACAAAGCUUUGUGACUUGUAAAAGUAGCUUUAUAUUACUGGAUUUAAC